UCUCUCUCUCAUUCUCACUCGCUCUAAGAUUAGUGCAGUGGCUGGUGGCGCCGCCGUAGGUGGUGGAAACAACAGACAGUCAGACACAACAACAACAUAUAUAUAUAUAUAUAUGAUGACGAUGACAUGUGACGAUGUGUGGAAGGUGGUGGAAGGGAUGAAGCCGGCGGCGUUAAUGGUGAUGGUGCAGUUAUCAUAUGCUGUCAUGAAUGUGCUGUACAAGCUCGCCGUCUACGACGGCAUGAACGUCCGAGUUCUCAUCGCUUAUCGCUUCAUCUUCGCCACUGCUUUCAUGGCUCCUCUUGCUCUCAUCUUGGACAGGAAAAGCAAAUCAAAGAUGACUUGGACAGUACUAUUUCAAGCGACUCUGUGUGGCUUAUUUGGAGGAACGCUGGGACAGACAUUAUAUUUGGAGACGCUGGCAUUAACAUCAGUGACGUUCUCUUCAGCAAUGUCAAAUCUUAAUCCUGUCAUGACUUUCCUCUUGGCCCUCUGCUUCAGAUUAGAAAGAUUAAACCUAAAAUCAGGAGCAGGAAAGGCAAAGAUUAUGGGAACUCUAAUUGGAGUUGGUGGGGCCAUGCUCCUAACAUUCUUCAAAGGUGCACGAAUACACACUGCCUCCUUCCACGUCAACCUCUUGCAUCACAACAAUGGCCACGUGGCAUCAUCAAAUUCUUCCUCUGGUGGUAACACCAUCCUGGGUGCACUCUGUGCCUUAGGCAGCAGUGUCUCUUUUGCUAUAUGGCUCAUAGUUCAGACUAAGAUGAGCAACAAGUACAAGAGCCAUUACACAAGCACAUGUUUGAUGUCUUUGAUGGCCUCAGUGAUAUCUACGGUAUUUGCUCUUUGCAACGACAAGGAUUGGAGUCAAUGGAGAUUGGCUUGGAAUGUUAGACUUCUCACUGUGGUUUACGCGGGAAUGGUACCUUCAGGAUUAACGGUGGUGAUGAUUGCUUGGUGUGCAAACAAAAGAGGGCCUCUCUAUGUGUCAAUUUUCAGUCCUCUUUUGCUUGUCAUAUUGGCCUUUGUUGGAUCUUUCUUGUUAGAUGAAACGCUUCGUCUUGGAAGUAUAAUUGGGGGAGUGUUGAUAGUGGUUGGAUUAUACGUAGUUCUAUGGGGCAAAGGCAAAGAGAUGAAGAUGAAGAAGAACCUUAUAGUGCCAUCAGAGAACCUCCACGUGUCAUCAUCCAAUAAAGUUGAGAUCAUCGUCAAAUCUCCUGUUGACGAUGAAAAAAGUGACCUCGAAGACAAUGAUGAUCGUUCGAAUGAUGUUAGAGACGAAAAUGGACUUCAAAACAGGACAUGAUAGCGCAUAAGAAGCUAAGCAGAAGAACUUUGUUUUAUUGUAAGAAAUUAGACAGAAUUAGUUUUUAUUAUUAUAUGCAUCUUUCGUGGCCUCCUAUGCAUGCAUUGCACAAAUUUAAGAAAUGAUCAGUUUUAUUGUAAACAAUGCAAUGCUUUCAUAGAUUUAGUCUAUUAACUUUGAUUCAAUGCAAUUCAGUUUUUGUGAUUUAUUAAAUUAAGAAAUUAUAAGAAAA